UCGAUCGCGGUGGAUGCUUAUUUUGCUAUUUGUGCUCAAACAUUUCACCUUCGUUGAUCGCGGAUGGCGUUUGGUUUUCUCUGAUAUCAUGCACACUGUAUUUGAAUACAAUGGAACCAUUCGGGGUGGUGAUUUAUGACCAAAUUAUGCGUUUCGGUUUUUGCGAGAGUGCGUUCUUCUGAAUAAAACUGAAUAUGGGUUUUGUACUCUGAACCGCCUCAGUGUAUGAUUAGGAUGAUGUUUUAGCAUGAAUGACCAAAAGCCAACACUGGAGAAAUUCAUUUGUGUACCGAAUAACGAUUGAAAUUUUACGUACGUGCCGGCGAAGAAAGGAAGACCGAUUUAGUAUUCUGGAUAGCUUUACAGCAUUGUACAAAGAGACGUGGAAGAAAACUAAGUGAAAAUGGUAAAAAAUGUUCGGGAAAUAAAGUAGAUAACAGAGUCACAUGUGUUUUGUGUUACAUUACUGUAUCGUUCUAAAACAUUUUCUGUGGUUCGUUGGCGCUCUUUUAAAUCUACUGCCGGAAAGCGGAGUGUUUGACUUGAUGGAACGUUGAAAUAGCUCACGCAUAAUGCGUAAACCGACAACAGUGAAACCUACGAUGUAUAUGAAGAACUGAUUGAACUUUGGAUUCAAUAUGGUCGGAAAGGGAUCAUCAUUGCUUUAGGAUUUCGGAAAUUCUGUGUUGACUACGGCGACAAGAAGCUUAAUGGCAGGAGGGUCGAGAAGUGCAGCAUGUGCUGGAAAUGACUCCCCACACUAACGAGCAACGUAUCAAUAUAACUACAGCAGUCACUAACUGUCAUUUCGGUCAACCACCCGUAGGCCGGAUUACGCUAACGCACACGAUACCGUAAAAGGACUACAAUUGAAGCCGUCGGAGAUAUUUAGCACGGUGCUGUAUUAUUAGCCGCACACACAGAUGAUAGGUUUACAAAACAGCAGUGAUUCGAAAAGUGCAGUGAUUUAAUGUGGCACUUGGCUGCUGGCUAGUUCGCUCGAACACAUCUCGAAGUGGGUGGUGUUCAAGUGUAUGGAAACCAGAACCGCCUGGUGUGACUGGUGCAGCACAGCCAUACCGCACUUUCAUGCGCAAUUAAUGUGCACUGGUAGAGGGGCUACACUGCACUUUCAGUUCCUAGAGUUUAGCCAUAGGUUUUCGGGAGUGAAGACAGCAAAAUUGUGCUUGCGUUGAUGCUGCCUCAAGUUGCGGCUAUUCGGUGCCAGACGUGAAGUGCCCUAUUACCUAACCGCUAUAGCAUAGCUGCCAAUCUGGAAUCGGUGUAAUUCGUCUGAUGAAGCAAAUCGAAACAACAACUGUAAAUUAGAAAAACAAGCUUAGUUUAGUUUGAAAGAGUGAACUACCGGGAGAAGAGUAUCGAACAACAGUGCUGAAAGUCUAUCGAUUUUUUUUAUUGAUUGUUCAAUCGGAAGUGAAUGCUUUUUUUUGUGUAAUCGGUUUCGGCUUCCGAUUUUCGUUGUAGAAAACAUCUGUGCGUCUAACCAAGAGAUUAACGGCUCCCUUGCUGUAUAAUCUUCAUCCAGUGACCCACUAACAAAGGAAAUACCGAAACGGCAAAAUGGUGCUCUGCGACAGUGAUCUAGAUGUAACAGGCAUCUCACAAAAGUGGAACAAACUCCGACGACGAUGUGCUUCGUUCAAGACAGUCUCCGGUCCAGCGUCACUCGAUUCAGACACUAAUUACAUACUGGCCGAACAUCCAGGCCAUUAUCAGAUUAUCGCGUCCGGUCCGGUUCCGAUUCGGGUUCGUCAGGUGCAACAGUCCCACCAGCAGCAGCACCACCACCACCACCAUAAUCACAGUCACGAUCAGCAACGACACCAUCAUCAUCAUCAUCACCAUCAUCACCGACACAACGGCGCUCACGAACAAUUGUUGGAAAACCAACCGCACUACGGACAACUUCCAGAUCCAAACUGGGAGCUACGGCACUCAAGUUCAAGCUCAACAUCUACGUCGUCCUCGAACAUUGGCCAGGUUCAGCUUCCGAUUUAUGCUGCGGAAGAAUAUUGGCAAAUUCACGAGCGUGAUGUAAAAUUGUGGCGCCUAGGUGCUCAUCAAACAUAUGCCCACAGAAUCCGAGCAACGCCAAAUCAUCGUCGUAGUGCACACAGCAUUGAUUGGGAAUACAACGUGCAAAAGUACGAAAACAUGACCGAACCAGCACAGGUGGCGGCCGCUCGUCUCUUCCGGCAUGAAAAACUUCAGUACUACGACGAAGUGUCUAAUGUUAAGAAGAAAAACUCUCUAGAUUCUAGUGAAAGUGAAAACGGAAUCAAAGUCGCGAGAGAAAUCAAACUGCCUAGUCUAAAGAACUUCAAAUCUGCGUCUAUGCGACUACCCGGACAAAAGACAUCCAUCAACGAGGUGCAGCAAUUGUUGAGAAGUAAGUUCAAUAGAAUACAUGCAGGCCUACGUAAGCGACGUGCUCUUUCAGUUCAGGAGGUUUUCCAAAUGCCCGGCUUGGCUACUCCAACGAAACCUACAUUCUACGUUCCCUCACCGCUGGUCAGCGAACGAUGUCCUCAUAAUCCAUUGCGGUAUGAGGAGGAAACAAAUGAAGAAAUUGACGGACCAAUUAGUUUACCGUUCAUAAAUGAAAAUCAUCUCGUGUCUGGGGAUCAAUCCCAAGUACAACUCCGGGAUCGAUCUGUAAGCCCGCGUAAAGAACGAACUAAAACAUGGUUUCCUAAUAUCGAUUUCAACACACCCGAUUCUAAGCCAGAAAAGGAUCUUCCACCGACGACUAUUCAGAACGAUAGCAUUCCCGUUACCGGAGAAGACCAAAGUGUGCAGCCCAAAGAAAAACAGGAUAAACCAAACUUUGCGAUCGGUGGACGUGUUUCACUACGCGAACGUGUAGAAAGCAUGAACCUUAAUCGGCUCCGCUCCAAAACCUCCACCAAUAAUGCAGCUAGUCCACAACCAAAAAAAUCAAACGAGCAACGCAAAAUCCGUCCCCGUAGCCAUUCACCACUGAAGAACAUCAAGAUCAACCUUUCCGGCCUUGGUAUGCGCGGAAAUGACCCGCUAGCAACGCCAAAACCAAAACGUGAAUCAUUUGGCCUAUUUGGCCGGUUGAACCGUAUGAUGCAUGGCAACGGUAGUCCGUCACCGGAAAAGCCAAACGGUAGGACUGCCAACGCAAUCACCAAAGAAGGCGCUACUGCAACUACUGAUAAGGCAGUGCCGCGACCGAAGGCUGGCAACGGUGCCGUCAGCUACAGCGGUAAUGUUAGUAAACAAUCGACCAUCCAAAAGCUGACGAAAUUAAGCAACGGGAGUCGACGGGAUGGGCCACGACCGUCCAUUGGGCAAAUCAAGACGGAAGCGCCAACGGGAGCAUCGGUAAUGGCACCGGAACGUGAGCGGAAAUCCAAACAGAUUCCCGACAACAUAUCCAAGACUUCAACAUCAACGGGAGGGAUUACGAAACUUUCCGCAGUGUCCUUCAUCAAAACGCAUGAUCAUCACCAACAAGAAAAUUUCGGAAAAUCAGCUCCAUCGGAGGUGGACGACGAUCUUGAUGAAGAAAUUGAAGAAAGUAAAUUUUGCACACUGCCACGAAGCGGUCCCAAUGCUUUCACCAUACGUCAAGCCCGUUUUGUCAAAGGAAACGGUGCUAAGGUUCUAGGAUUUUCAAUUGUUGGCGGAAAGGACUCCCCGAAGGGUUCGAUGGGUAUCUAUGUCAAAACGAUUUAUCCGAACGGACAGGCGGCCGACAAAGGAACGUUGCAUGAAGGAGAUGAAAUUCUUUCAGUGAAUGGAAACGCAUUCCAAGGUUUAUCGCAUCAGGAAGCGAUCAACGUGUUUAAAUCGAUAAAAACUGGCGAUGUGGUGAUACUGAUAGGACGACGUAACAAUCGAAGAAAGUUGGAUACACCAUCUCCGGGGAUAACUCAAGCUUGAUUACCAAUCACAAGAGAGUAACAACAUGAGUGACGACUGCAACUAACUGUUUAAAAACGUACUAUCGGUUUGAGUGUAACAAAAAUAGAUCUACCGUUUUUUUCCAAAUAUUUGAUUUCCAAAUACUGCAAUUAUUAGUCAUAGAUUACAUUCAAAUCGGUUAUACCUACUUUACACUGUAACUGCAAUAACGUAAUCGUAUCAAGAGUGUAUAAAUCACUAAAAUUUAAAUUGGUGCAUAAUAGAAAUGAAUUUUGGCAGCUUUUACAGCUUUUCAUACAUUGUCUACUGUCACAUAAUAAGGUAUUAUUUACCUUGUUAAACACAACUGUUUCGUAUGAUUCAAUUACUUAGUAUAUGCACAUCUAGUCUCUCCAUCGUAAAAUAAAUGCUUGUAUUGUACAUAAUUUCUUGAAAUCGUUUUUUUAUAACAAUGCCAAAGGAUUGUCAUCAUAUGUUUGAGAUCAAAUAUUUUUUUUGGGCACACAUUUGUUAAAUGUAUUGUAUAUUUUAUUCUCAUCGAAAGAUUACGGAAGGCGUCGUAAUUUUUUGUCCUCAUAUUUACAACCCAUAAUAUGAAGUAUA